GUAAAGCAAAGGAUGCCAGAGUGCUCAAGCAGUGCAUGGACGGAUGCAAGCAGGGGGAGACGGCGAGACCGGGCACGCAUUGUUAUGAUGAUGCUUUACAGUUCAGAGUAGCCUUGAAACUUUAAAACACUAUUUUACUCAGGGUAGAAGUAUUUCGGCACAUCUCGCUGCAAGUUAAGUGUAAUGUCUUGGCUGCAUGUUGUUAAAAUCCCUCUCACCACCACCGACACAUCCUCUCAGGAGUGAUGGGUUCUAAGUUGACCAGACAGAGAAGUCUCGAUUUUGAAAGCAAAUUGUCAAAGAGAAGACGCCAGAGAAAUGACACCCCGUGUGAGAGCGAGAGAAGUGGCGGCAGAGGUGGCGGAGACUUCUUGUUUACCUCCUUGAUGCUCAAGUCCGACAAGCUCCCAGGGAUGCUGCGGAAAACCAACCACAGCCCAUAUGUCAGACGGGUGGCUUGGAUCCGGGAAAUCCAGAGGCUUCUCCGGGAGCAGAAGAUGGAGCAAGCAGCCGAAGUGCUCAAACUGCUGAGAAAGGAUUUGGGACUCCAGGGAACGUCACUCAAUGACAUUUUGUACAAGAACGCAGCUUUUCUUAACCUGGUGGACCCCAUCUCUCAUGAGCUGCUGCUCAGUCUCGCUCGGGACCUCCAGUGUCCAAAAAGGGAGACUGACUCGUUCAAGUCCACCAACAAGAUCUGCCGCCAGCUCAUUUACCACCUGACCCCUCACUCCAAGUGGACGAGACAGAGCGUGCCCAGGAGGAAGUCUCAGGCCUGUCUGAAGACCACCCUGAAGAAGAAACUCUCCGGUGACGUAGUCAACCUGUCAGGCAUCCCACUGUCUGGCCGAGACGUCCACCGUGUGGCCCUCUACCUCCAGAGCAGCAGUGACGCAGUGUCAGCUGUGGACCUGAGUUUCACCGAGCUGCAGGACGAGAGCUUACGGCUGCUGCUGCCCCACCUCGGCUGCCUGCCGAAACUGACCAUACUAGCCGUCAAUGGCAACCGUCUGACAAUGGCCAUCCUGAAGGACCUGACAGAUGCAGUGAAGGACCCUAAGAAGUUCCCCAGCCUGGCCUGGGUCGACCUGGGCAACAAUAUGGAUAUCUUCACCGUGCCACAGCCACUGCUUGUGGCCCUGCGGCGCCGCUUCGGUUUACGCAGUAGCCUCCCCACCAUUUAUGAGUACAGAGAGGCGCAUGCAUUCGGUGGCUAUAACCCAAACAUGGAGACCUCUGUGGAGGAGCCCAGUCUGUACGAGGAGGGAGAUGGUGAGGAAGAUGAUAGAGAGGAGGAGGAGGACAGGCUGGAGCUUCGAGCCUGGGGCUUUGGAGAAGAAAACAUGUCAAAAAAUGUGCCGCUGCACUUCUGUGGGAGGUGAUCGCCCAGAGCUGAUUUCUUUUAGACUGGCUGCCCCUGAUAUCCCUCUGUAUCACUUCACCCUAAGUUUAGCCUCCUGUGUUAGCAGGUAUCAUUGUGGCAGAUGCUUACAGUGACCCACAUGUUUCUGAAAAUAACUUUUAAAAUAAGUAACUGUGAUGUGUGUCCCUCUGGAUGCACUGACUACUGAAACUCAGUAAUGUGAUGCAGGCAGCUCUGUGGUUGUACAGGCACUAAGAAUUCAUUUAUGGAUUGAUUUUGACCUUCAUUUAUCCAUGAGAAGUUGAGCUAAUCAUGUUUGCUGUUUUUCAGUGCUUUGUGUUCCUAAAGAUUUGUGCUCUCACUAUGUGAAUCUUCCCAUUAUUUGCCAGUUAAGUUAAGUGCCUUGCACAAGGGCACCUCAUCUAGCAAUUGAGGAAGGGGGAGCGUUACUGAUUCACAUUCCCCAAGCACAUUUAUCUAGCUGGUUCGGCCUCUCUGACAACUUCACACCUGCUACCCAAUUUCUGUGAAAAGUCAAAGUAAGAUUUAUGUUUAAUUUCACCUGACAUUUUUGCUAUGAUAUAUAUGUUUUUAGUCAGAACUCAACUGCAGUGAGAUUAUGUUCACAUAACAUAUGCUUCCAGUUUUUUAUGCUUUCAGCAUUUAUUUUGGAAUUAUUUUGAUAUAAAUGGUAGUAAAUUGAGUAUACUGAAUCCAUUUUAAUUUAAAUUUCCAAUGCUGAUGCUUCAGUAAGUGUUGAUAUAAUGAUGCUGCAGCUUUAUGGUGAAAAGCCUCAGUCUGAUACACACAUACGACACACACAUUGUUUGGGCUGCAGAUGAACUGAUUACUGCCUCUAUCAGGACUCGUUAGGCCCCUUCUGUCACAGAUGGUGAGCAGAGGAUCUAUUUUUUUCUCAGCAAAUAGGACUAGCCCCAGAUAAUUUUGUCCGCUGGUGGUUUAUGAAUGACUCUAUUUAUGAAUCAGACCAUAAGCAACGAGAAAGAUGCCCACUCUGUUUUAAAGGCUUACGCAGAAUUGACAAUGAAACGAUUACACACAGCUCUGCUUUUAUCUUCUCUUCUGUGGUGCUACAGUGUGCAUAUAAAUUUUUGUUGUGGCAUGAAUAAACUGCAACAGUUUGGUUUUUUGACUAGUCUUUUUUUUAGAUGUGUAGUUCUCAUCCUUUUGUAUUGUUUUUAAAAAUGGGCAUGACUGUUUACAGUAGCGCAACAUCUGAUCCCACAGACAGAGAGCAUGUUUACAUGUACAUUAAUAUUCCAAUUAAUUAGAGGUUGUUUUUGGGGGGAUAAAAAAUGCCGCAUGUGAACACAACUGUACAAGAGUCCACACUUUAUCCUGCCUACAGAUGUUAAUGUGGUCUGUUCUCUUUCCAUGCUAUUAUUCAGGAAAAUCUGUUUAUUUGUGUCUACAGAGAUAUUAAUGAACAGGAUUCUUGUGUGUGUGUGUGUGUGUGUGUGUGUGUGUGUGUGUGUGCGUGCGUGUGCGUGUGCGUGUGAGCGUGUGAGAGCAUAAUUAGAGUGUGUGCCUAUGUGCAUGAGUGUGUUGUGGACAUGCAGAGUAAAUUACUACCUUUGAUCGUAGAAAUGAAAUGUUUACUCAUUUGCACUUUAAGAACUCCAUCCCUAGAUACACAAGCUUUGUUUGCAUAAAAACAACUCACCGAGUCACCCACAUCCUAAAAUAAAUGUUUUAUCUCACCUUUUUUUUAAAUCAUAAACCUUCAUAUAAAUCACUGUCAUAAUAAAAAUCUGUUGUAAAUUUACUUAAUUUUGGCUCAUUAAAUCAUGGCUCGCUUUUAAAGUAAAAGUGAUGUAUGCCUGCUGUUGCUUCAAAAAUAAAAACAAUUGGAUUAACA